AUGGCAGAACAGCGCCCGCAGCCUCAGCAACGAAAGCGCAAGCGGCGGCGUCAGGACAAAUCCUCCAUCACUGCAAGAUUGGUUUUGGACGACCAUGUGAGAGGCGAUGUUGGUAUACUCUCGGAAGACUUGUUCGCCGAUUUAUUUCCCGCAAUACAAGGUAAAUAUCUACUUGAUUUAUGCUAUGAGGAUGGGAGUGAAGCUAACGCCGUAUUCGCAGCCGAACCUGAUGGUAGCGGAUCCUCUGGCCCCGAAAUUCUCCAUGUUGCGAUUUCGCCCUGGACACCUGCGAAGUCGGUUGAAGACUCAGCUUGGACCGUCGUGCCUGUUAGAUCCUCAAGCGCCCUAGCACAUUCGACCGUCCAAUUUUCCCCGUCGUCGUUGGCUUUGCAAGGGUUUGCAGACGCUCUUCAGCGUGUAGCCCCCUCGAAAUUGUCGAGUCAUAGUCGGAGUGGUAUUGAAAUUCGGGUGCUAGAUGUGGUUCCUAUGCCUCUAGAAACCGUGUUCGUUACCAUUGAAGCGGAUUUAGCUAGACGAUUGGAGAAUGGCGAAGGGAUAUUCCACGGAGAACACGUACGGACAAAUGGAAAGCGGAUUGACAAGCCGUCUUCAGUGGCUCCAGAGGGUCGAUUAGCUGCUGCAAUUCGGGAAGCGCUAGGUACACUGCAGGUUGUGCAUACAGGGGAUUUCUUUCCCUUGCCCUUGGCACCCCAUCCUAUAACGCAUGUCCCACCUCCUCCCGCCCAAGUUACUUUGUGCGAGCCCGUUGGUCAGGGUAUUUUAUCACCCACGAGCAAGAUUAUCAUCACUCAGACUGGCCACCAUUCAAAACAACACCGCAAGCCUCAAGCAUUAGAAGUGGACCGGCCAUUAAACGGCAUGGAAAAUGGAGAGGAGGACGAUGCCUCGACAGACCAAUUCUAUUCCGCAACCGAGGACCGCUAUAAGACAGAUACCGCGGUCGGCGAUGACGAUUCUGCUACUGAGACGGAGACUGAGACGGAAAUAUCAGAUGCGGAAGAAGAUGAUUUGUCAGAUGAUUCCAUGGACGAUCUAAUUUCAUUACAAGUGCCAAUGCUUCCAGCUCACAAUGCUAGCGGUAUAUCAACGGUGCAGCCUGGCUCGCCGCGUACAGUCGGACGAGUGACAAAUGGUAUCAAUACUCCAGGCUCAAUAUUUUCAUCAUUUACUGCAACGACAGCUCGUGCUGGAGGUUCGAAAGGACGAUUGUUCAAAGCACAGGGGCUGAUGAGGCAGUUGCCAGAAGAAAUACUUCAUCCUAAACCGAAUGCUGAUGAUGACGAGGAAGCGAGGGUCUUUGUGGAUGUUAACUCGUUGACAAAAAUCGGCUGCUUUUCAGGCGAUUGGGUACGACUCGAGGUGGCUUCGGAGCCACCGGCUCACGGGUCAGGGCUAUGGGGAUUGGGGAGUUUCGGAAACAUUGAACUGGAAGAUACAAUAUGGCGGCCUGUCAAAGUAUUUGGUUUGCCCGAAGGCUACUCCCAGCGGCCAAUAACAAAAAUUCCAAGCAAUAAACAAGGCGAACGGCGAAUGUCCUUCUUCGACUCACAAAUCCAAAAGCCCUCUAGUCCCACUGUCUAUUUAUCACCGAUAUUGCUCGCAAAUAUGGAGAACAUGUCAUACUGCAGGCUUUCCCCGCUAAAACGACUUCCGCAAACUAUCAGAGCAUCACAACCAAAGAUCACAAGUUCAUCUCGCCCACCAUUCGCUCAGGAGCUCACGCUUGUCAAGAUCGCAACUCCGCUUUCAACAGAACGAACCCUCCAAAAUAUCCUCUUCGCAAACUUGAAGGAUCAUUUUACUCAUCGCACGCGCAUUGUCCGAAAGGGUGAUCUUGUAGCUAUCCCGAUUGACGAGGAUCUUGGCAGAACCUUAUAUCAGCCAUCUGCAAAUGAUGACCUAGACGUGGAUGAUUUGUUAUCAAAUUCCGGCUUGGACAAUUCAAAGUAUGCCAGGCCUAUUAAACAUACGGCUGUUGCGUGGUUUAGAAUAGGAUUCAUUCGAGCUGCAAAAGAAGACCAGGAUUCAGCCGAGGAAGAAGACGUCUGGGGUGGAACUUCAUCCGUGGAUGGCCCAUCAACUCGGAUAUUGCAGUCUGGCAGUGAAGGCAGCCGUGUGCCUGCGUCUUUGGAUAACCCUUGGGAAUAUUACCUGAGGCUUAAAUCAACACCCAAAUCAGAAAUCCUCGCAAGUUCCCUGUCAGAGGCUCGAAGACCCCAUAUAACUUCUCUUCAACGACGCCUACGAGAGUUAAUUGCAGCAGCAACGAGCCCUCAAGCCAUCCAUCUUCAACAACAGCCCCUUGCUAUUCUCCUCGUCUCAACGCAACGAAAUAUUGGAAAGUCGACUCUAGCAGCAAAAGCAUGCGCUGAUAUCGGUCUGCACACUUUCAGUAUCGAUGCCUAUGAUAUAGUAACCGAAGGCGGAGCUGGUAGCGACGUUAAAACUGUCGCAUACUUGGAAUCGCGCGCGGAACGGGCCAUGUCUUGCGGGUCCGAGUUUUGUUCCUUUCUCAUUCGCCAUAUUGAAGCUUUUACAGCGGAUAGGAUGAUCAGCACACUGAAAGAAAUUCUCUCAGGCCUGCGAGUGCUCAUUGCCACGACCACAGAGGUCGACAAGAUUCCUGAUGGUGUCCGAGGCUUAUUUACCCAUGAGCUGGAGAUGACUGCGCCCGACGAAUGGGAACGUGAAGGCAUUCUCAGAAACAUCAUUGACGACCAGCCAAUCCCUCUAGCUCCAGAAGUAGACCUUGGCGCAGUGGCUGUCAAAACCGCUGCUCUUGUCGCAGGAGAUCUUGUCGACGUGGUUGACCGCGCGAUCGUAGCACGGAACUCUCGCCUGGAGUCACUGGUGUCAUCGUCGUCUGGCGUGGAAAAUUCCAUGACGGUGCGUGACAUUCUGGUAGCCGGCGGCCCCGCAGGUCGCUGUCUUACCAAAGCCGAUUUUGACAUUGCUGUCGAAGCCGCGCGCAAGAACUUCGCAGACGCAAUCGGCGCACCUAAGAUCCCCAAUGUAGGCUGGGACGAUGUUGGCGGGCUUACAAAUGUGAAGGAUGCCGUCAUGGAAACCAUCCAGCUUCCACUCGAGCGCCCCGAACUCUUCGCUAAAGGAAUGAAAAAGCGAUCCGGAAUCUUAUUCUAUGGACCGCCUGGAACUGGCAAGACGUUACUUGCAAAGGCAAUCGCAACAGAGUUCAGUUUGAACUUUUUCAGUGUGAAAGGUCCAGAGCUAUUGAAUAUGUAUAUUGGCGAGUCCGAAGCGAAUGUCAGGAGAGUAUUCCAACGCGCUCGAGAUGCCCGUCCCUGCGUUGUCUUCUUCGACGAGCUUGACUCAGUAGCGCCGAAACGAGGGAAUCAAGGCGAUAGCGGUGGUGUUAUGGACAGAAUCGUAUCCCAACUCUUGGCAGAAUUGGACGGCAUGUCAGAUGGAGAAGAUGGCGGCGGAGGUGUCUUCGUCAUUGGUGCCACAAACCGUCCAGAUUUGCUUGAUGCCGCAUUACUACGGCCUGGACGCUUCGAUAAGAUGCUGUACUUAGGUGUGAGUGAUACACAUGAAAAGCAAUUAACGAUUAUGGAAGCUUUAACAAGGAAAUUUACCCUCCAUCCGAGCCUCUCCCUCGCUCGCGUUGCCUCUCAUCUCCCAUUUACAUAUACCGGCGCCGACUUCUACGCCCUAUGCUCCGACGCCAUGCUCAAAGCCGUGACAAGGCAAGCCUCUCUCGUCGAUGCCAAGAUUGCCGCGAUCAACGCAUCCGCCGUGACUGAUAAACCAAAGAUAUCCACGGCUUAUUUCUUUGACCAUUACGCGACUAAGGACGACGUAGAUGUUGUGGUUACGGAGGAAGACUUUAUCAAUGCUGAAAAGGAGCUCGUGCCUAGUGUAAGCCAGGGAGAGUUAGUGCAUUAUCAACGUGUCAGGGCACAGUUCGAAAAGGUUGAAGAAAAGAAACCGGAUCUCAAGGGGAAGGGGAAGGCAAUUGCUAUUGAUGGCCCGAUAUCUGAAGUUAAUGGGAGACCAAUGAGUAGUGUUAAGGAAAAGGGAAAAGGGAAGAUUAUUGACCGGAAAGGGAAGGGGAAGGCGGUUGAGAGGUGGGAUGAUCCAACGGAAGACUAUGAGGACGAGGGUAUCAAUGGCUUUGACAGCAGGCCAGCGAUGAAAGGGAAGGCCGUGGAUAUGGGAUUCCAACAGGGGAGUUUGGAUGAUGAUGAGGAGCUGUACUAA